AUGGAGUACGCGGGCGCAGGACCAGUCCUAUGCGGCGGUGCGGGAGAGGAAAUGCAGUUCCGGGUUCGUGGGACGUCGCUUUCGUCGCGACUUAAGUCGCGAAUCGAAGUCGUGGCGCGCUCACUAAGCUUCUCUAGAAGCCCACUAGCCUAUAAAAGCCACGCGUCAUCCGCCUCGUACACCGCCCUCAAGCUCAAUCCCUCUGUGAAAGCUUCGUGCCCUUCUUUUACUUCGAUCCCAUUUCCCGGUUCCCAAAUCCCGCUCCUGCUCGGAGAGAUCGAGAUCGAGAUCGGCGAGCCUUUGAGGACACUUUGCUGGGCGAUUCGAGAAGAUUUUGAUUUGCGGUUCGAGAAACAUCGAUCCGGUGGUCGUGCAAGUGAUCCGGCUAAUUCGUCUAGGGUUCAGUUCUCCCGCUCGCUAUGGGAUCUCUUUCGCCGGAGAGACAGAAUGAUACUUUUGCUCUUCCUGCAUCUGCGAUUUGAUCGUCCCCUUCUUCUUCUGGUUCGACACGCUUGCAGGCGUCGCCAUAAAGCAUGGUCUGGUGGAGAUAUAGGAAAGGAAAAGAUAUAGCAAGGAAGGCGACAAGGUGGCGCGG